AUGACGGCCGUAGACAUUCACCGCUGUCGAUUCGUGCCAUACCAGCCAUCUGCUAUCAACGCCGUUGCAUUUUCCCACCCGAGAACUCGGGACAGCAAGCAUGCUGCCGUCGCCCGACUGGCGGUUGGCAGAGCCAAUGGCGACAUUGAAAUCUGGAACGCCGCCGCUGGGAUAUGGCACCAGGAGCUUGUCAUUCGUGGUGGCAAGGAUCGCAGCAUCGAUGGCCUUGUCUGGAUCAACGAACCCGACCAGGACCUUGGCGAAGGACGCAUCCUAAUUGGCAAAUCCAGACUCUUCAGCAUCGGCUACACCUCGACCGUCACAGAAUGGGAUCUCGAAACAGGAAAGCCCAAGAGACAUGCAAGCGGUCAGCAUGGCGAUCUUUGGUGCAUAGCCGCCCAGCCCUCCCUCAACGACAAACGAGGGUCAUCCGUGACCGACACGCAGGGCUCCAACAAGCUCGUUGCUGGCACCAUCGACGGCGAGCUGGUAAUGUACUCUGUCGAAGAUGAUGACCUUCGCUUCCAAAGAACUAUCGUCAAGUCGCCUACCAAGAAGGCACAAAUGGUCAGCAUCAUCUUCCAAUCGCGCAAAGUCGUCAUUGUUGGCUGCUCCGACAGCACCAUACGAGCCUACGAUAUCACCAAAGGACACAUGCUGCGCCGUAUGACACUCGGUUCCGACCUCGUUGGUGGUUCCAAGGACAUCAUUGUCUGGUCUGUAAAAUGUCUACCCAACGGCAACAUUGUCUCUGGUGAUUCCACCGGCCAAGUAUGCAUCUGGGACGGCAAAACUUACACCCAAACGCAAAGGCUGCAGAGCCAUAAGCAGGAUGUUCUCAGUCUUGCCAUCAGCUCUGACGGCAGCACAAUCAUGAGCGGCGGCAUGGACAGAAGAACUGUGCUUUACAAGCAGAACUCGGGGGCAGGCCAGCGCUGGGGCAAGGUCUGGGGCCGCAGAUAUCACGAGCACGACGUCAAGGCCAUGGCUACGUUCGAGCACGCCCGUAUCAGCGUCGUUGUCUCUGGAGGUCCCGACUCAAAUCUUGUCAUCGUACCACUCAAGGAGAUGGGUCGUGAACAUCACAGAACGAUCAGCAGUCUCCCCCAACAGCCGCCUCUCAUCAGUGCUAGUAAGGCUCGCUUCAUGGUGAGCUGGUGGGAUCGUGAGAUUCACCUGUGGCUCCUGCAAAAGUCUGCCUCCGAUCUCACCAAGCUCGACGGUGAAAGCGACUUUGAUAUCAACCAAAACCGCAAACUACUCAAGACAAUUGUUGUCAAGGGUGACUCGAACAUUUCCUCAGCCAGCAUCAACCCAAACGGCACCCUACUCGUUGCUUCGACCUCCACAGACGUAAAAGCUUUCGCACUGGAGCAUUCCAACCCCACGAAGCCCGCCGAUGUUACACUUUCUUCGAUCGAAUUGCCGGAACAGGUCACAAAGCUUGGUGCCAGCAAGGUGCAAAUAUCGCCCGAUGGGUCGUGGCUAUGCUUCGUACAAAACGGUUCCCGCGUCAUCAUUGCCAGCAUCUCAUCCGAGUCUAACAGUCACACAAUCGCUGCAUCGCGUCAUCUUCGCCGACUACAUCGCUCCGUACCCAAAUAUAUUCUAAACGGAGGUCUGGGAUCCUAUGAAAGAAACGUUGCCCAUAUCGCUUUCAGCCCGGACUCUAAACUUCUUGCGACUGCUGACCUCGCUGGAUAUGUCGACACAUGGGUGCUGCGUGACGCGGCACAUGACGGGGCCGACGGUUAUGCGAAUGGAACCGAAGAGGACGACGCGUCAGCUACUGACUCUGAUUCAUCCGACGAUGAUGCCGAAAGUACCAGUACAAACGAAGUUGGACGAUGGAUUCGCAACCCUAAUGCCAAGCUAAUGCCCAAGCUGCCUGCAGCUCCGUCUGUCCUCGCAUUCUCGGAUAGUAUCCCGGGGCAGGAGGGGGUGGAGGACUACACUCUAGCAGCAGUCACAUCGUCAUGGAAUGUCGUCGCUUUCAACGCCCUCCAGGGCUCUUUGACGCCAUGGUCCCGCCGCCAUCCUCGCAAGGCUCUACCCGCGCCCGUUCAGGACCUGUCAGACUUGGCCAAGGGUGCCUUCUGGCAAGGGUCUAGGCUUUGGAUAUACGGCGUCUCUUUUCUGUUCAUGCUUGACAUGAGUCAGGAUUUGCCAGCUCCAGACAAGGAAGUGAGUGAGCAGCUUGUUCAACAGGGCACAAAGCGCAAGCGAACAAAUGCCACCAGCGGCGCCGGUGGUCGCAUGGAAAGGGAGGGGCUGAAACCGCAACAAAUACGCAAAUACUCGUCAAAUAAGUGGGAAGACGUUGACGUAGACGGUCCCAGCACUAGCGGCGACGUGGACAUCGACAGCGACGACGACAUGAUUGAUGGUGCAGACAGCGAGCUUGCGCAACUACGCAGCGCCGUGGCUGGCGGCGAAGCCCUAUCAGGAGGGGCAGAGGAUGAAAAUGGACGAAAGACGUGGUGGAUUACAUACAAGUAUCGUCCUGUGCUGGGUGUCGUCUCCUUUGGCGGCGAUGACUCGCUGGAAUUAGCUCUUGUUGAGCGCCCAACCUGGGAUAUAGAAAUGCAGGAUAGCUAUUACGCCGGCCAAGAGUGGGAACUUAGAUAG